CGCUGAGGGAGUCAUCUGAAAUAAGUCGAAAUUAGCAACACUGACUAGCUACCUAGCUUUGACAUCAACUACCCCCUUCACGGUUUAAAUUCUUAGCAGCCUAGUAAUCGUAUAGAUUGUUUUUGCCAUAGCCUCGUCAAAUGGUUCAUGAGUGUGUGCAACCAUGGGUGACAUGAAAACCCCUGAUUUUGAUGAUCUCCUGGCUGCCUUUGACAUCCCAGAUGCUACAGGCUUGGAUGCCAAGGAGCCCAUCCAAGAGGGAAAUGAUGACAAACACCCCAACGACACUUUAUUGAGUAAUCAAGCAGAUAUUCCUACUGUGAGUGUGAUUGUGAAAAACACACAUCAUCAGGAGCCAUCUGAAGGUUUCGGCAAUGGACUUCACUCAUCUUUGCCAGCUUUGCAUAAUGGAUUUAAUGCACAGGGAUCUGGCGACAUGUCUAACGGUGGCUUUCCCAAAUCAUUUGUUUCCUCUGUAAAUGGGGAGUUUUCUAGCGAGUUUCUGGGAAAGGCGCCGAUACAACACAAACCUGAUGCAACGCCAACGUUUUCUCAGUCGCUCUCCCACUCCAGUCCCACAUCAAGUCCUGGGUGUGAAGACGGUUUAUCAAGGAGAGACAUUAUGCACCCAAAACAAGAGCAAUCAUGUUUGCCAGAAGCUUCGAUUAUGGUGGAGUCUCCAUUUGCAGACAAUCCAAAAAAGACUAAUCUUUGUGUUUUUGAUGAUUUCCAGAAGGAUAACGACUCUCCAAGAAGUGAGGAAACACAUGACAGUGGUGCUUGUCAUAAAAUGAUAAGAACACACAUUGGACUUCCUCCACUUAGCAAUAGCAGGUCCAACUGCAAAGUGGAAACAUCAGUGGGUUCCUUUUCACACAUCAAACCAUACACAUCUAAAUCUUGCCUUGAGGCUCUGGUGGCUCUCAAUGCUAGGAGGGAACCCAGCGAGCAAACUAAUCCCACAGAAUCGCCAGCAAUCCACAACGACUGCACAAAGUACAGCCCCAAGGUGCCCAUAUCCCCACGUAGUCCUAUGAGCCCUCUAGAAGCGGUGAAGCGCCUCAUGAAGCCGCCCGACAGCCCCAUAAGCAUCUGCAGCGACAGCAGUGGCAAGGCGUCCCCUGCAGUCACUUCAGGGUCGCCUCCUGUCAUACCCAAGGUCAGGAUAAAGACCAUCAAGACCACCAGUGGGCAGGUGAAGCGCACCGUUACCAGCGUGCUACCUGAUUCUGAAACGGACGACGUUCACUCCCCCUACGAGUCCUCUCCGUCGCAGAGUUUAAUGAGCGAGGAUGGCACUUAUUCCCCCCAGAACCUACACAGCAAGGAGGAAAAGAGGUUAGAGGUGACAGAAUCUGCAGUAGCGUUUCCUAAUUCACAUUUCAAAAGAUCAGCUGCAGUUCGGACACACAAGCAAAAGAGAACAUCUUCUGCUAAACACGCAGCCAGUGCAAACUUUCUCCCCAAAGCCGUGCACCUAGCCAGUCUCAACCUUGUUCCUCACAGUGUCGCCGCCUCCGUGACAGCCCGCACCGCCUCGCAUCAACCCAGUCAGCACACGCUCUCCUCAACGGUCUACAGCACCGUCCCUUUGGUGCAUCAGAUCAAAACCUGCCCCCAAACGUCUGUCCCCAAUACAGCAGCAGGGACCUUGAACCGGCUGCUGAAAGACUCCAACCCCGUGCCUACAUACGUGCCUGACCUGAACCCCCCACCAGGGAGCGACAUCCGCCUUCCGCCACGGGGCUACACCUGUCUGGAGUGUGGGGACUCUUUCGGGCUAGAGCGCAGCCUUUCCUAUCAUUACAGUCGCAAGAGUGUCCACAUCGAGGUGGGGUGCACGCUGUGCGCCAAGACAAUGGUGUUCUUCAACAAGUGUUCCUUGCUGGCGCAUGCACGCAAGCACAAAAGCAACGGCACGGUCAUGCAGUGCACACAGCUCCACAUGAAACCUAUUGCAGAGGCACACAUGUUUGCACCUCUCAGUACAGAACUGGUCAAAUGGGACUCUCGAUCAUCACCAUCCAGCCCCCUUAAGAACCAUCCCGUCAUGCCGCUCUAUCCAGACAAUGUCAGCCAUUAUAGACAACGCUGCUUGGAGUGUAACAAGCCUAUGGUGGACCAAAGAGCCCUGGCCGGCCAUUAUCAGUCUCUGUCAGAAGAUAAGAAAGCGUUUAUUUGCAAACUUUGUUCAAUGUUGCUACCUAACAAGUGCAGCCUGAGGGCCCACCAGCGCAUCCACACACACAAGUCCCCUUACUGCUGCCCCGAGUGUGGCGCCAUGAGUCGCUCCGCCGACAUUCAGAAGCACGUGAGGGAAAACUGUCUCCAUUAUGCACGCAAAGCCUGGUACAAAUGUCUUCACUGUGAGGUGGUUUUCAAGACCCUUCAAGGACAAAAGACUCACAUUGAGGAGAAACACUGUGUGGUCCUACACAAGUGCUCUGCCUGUCCGGUGGCCUUCAAAACCUCCAUCAGUUAUGAAGCCCAUUUAAAGAAUAAACACAGCGCUAGCAAACUACCCCCUCAGUUCAACUAUAAGUGCUCAUGUGGGAGCAUUUUCCAGAAGAAGUCAUUGCUUUUUCAACAUUUCCAUCAGGAUGCCAACAAGCGUCUUACUUGUGUGUUUAAGUGUCCAGAAUGCAACUCUGUUUUCUCACGAAAGCAGCUGCUAAUGCAACAUUUCAAGAGCAUGCAUGGAGGAGAUUUGAGGCCAGAGUCAGAGGUGAACAAUAAAAACACAAAAAAGAGUGAUUUGCAACAAGAUGCUGCUUCCAUCCACGGCCAUGUGAAACGGACUGACGGUCUCCGAAAGAAGGCGGAGAAGGAUGGCUGUCCUCGUGUCAAGUCCUCUGGCUGGACAUGCGGGGAGUGUCUUCAGUGGUUCCCUGAGCGAGACCUCUACAUUUCACAUUUGAAGUCCAAGCACGGAAAGUCCCUGAAGCGCUUCCUCUGUCGACAGUGUGACCAGUCGUUCAAUUCCAGCACGAGUUUAAGACGACACAUUCGCAGUGACCACGAUGGGAAAAAGAAAAUCUACACUUGCUGGUAUUGCACAGACAAAAAGACGUUCACCAGCAGUGUGUUGCUGAAGAACCACAUCAGUCUAAUGCAUGGAAUCAAAAAUCCCGACCUUGGCCAAAUGCCGGAAAUCUCCCCCCAGGACUGCAGGAGUACUGCGAACAAGGAUCGUGGACCAUCAAUAGCUGUCCCUCCAGAGGCGGAUGGGGACGCGUCAGCUUCUGUGGAGGCUCCUUCCGCCAAGCGUGUGAAAACACAAUUCCGCUGUUCCAAGUGUGGUUUCUCCACAGACGACAACAUGGCGUUCCGUGAGCACAUAGCUCAACAUAAAAGUGACGAUAACACUCCUCAGUGCCUUCACUGCGGCCUGGGUUUCACGUCGCCGUUGUCCCUCAGCAGACAUUUGUUCAUCGUUCACAAGGUCAAAGAUCCCGAGGAACAGGAGGAGCGGGAUAAUCAGCUUGAAGCUGACAAACAGACAAAGGAGCGUCUUCACUGUGAGAACUGUGAGGAUUUAAAUCCCUCUCAGACAUGAAGGCAGUGAAAUCCAUCCUUGCUGCUUUUCUCGUAGAACGCAACACUUGUUUUUGUUCCCAUUUGUCAUCAGCUGAACAAAAAAAAAUUCUGUGUACAAAAAAUAUUGUUCACAAAUCUGUGUUCUUAAUCGGUGUUGGUGCGGAUUCAUUACCAGUCCACCUCACAGAUGUGACACAGUAAGAUGCUGAUUAUUGCACAGGAGUGCAUUAGGUUGGCCACAAUAAAACAUCACUCCAAAAAUGUGCUGUUUAACUGCAUUGAGGGUGGUCCUGAGGUGUCUGAAAACCAGUCGGUAUCUGCCUUGACCGUCAUAUACACCGUAUAUGCCACUAUAUACACCAAUUCAGAGCAUCCCAAACUCAAUGGCCCAGUAGGUGACAUGUUGCUUGAGUAUGCUGGCAAUGCACAUACUAAAAUGUCUAAUUUUAUCAAUACCAUUUUGAAGACAGCAAGCAUGUUUUGUGUGCUCUGCACCGGCGUAUAUGGUAUUUAAGGCAAAGACUUGCUUUCAGACCUCUUGGAUGACUCACAAUAAACGUAACAUUUUGGAGUGGCCUUUUAUUGUGGCCAACCUAAGGCGUGCCUGUGCUACAAUCAUACUGUCUCAUCAGCAUCUUGGUAUGCCACACCUGAGAGGUGGAUAGAUUAUGAAACAUGAAUGCUCACUAAUGGAUUUUUGAUGGCCUUUGUUGCACAUAGAAAAUGUUUUAGGUCUUUGACUUAUCUCAUCAAAAAUGGGAGCAAAAACAAGGGUGUUUAUAUUUUUGUUCUGUAGCACAUUGCUUGAUGCUCUGCAUGUACAUGACUUAUAGGUUUAAUGAAAAACAGCAGUAUUUUCAUGUUUCUUGUUUGAUUUUAUUUAACUUUGCAUGUCAGGUAUUGUAUUCAUUGUGCCUUUCUAAUAUAAUUGUGGCACUCAUAUUAGUGAAGAUGUUUUAGUCUUGUUUUUACAACUAUUUCAUCCAUGCUGAGGAGGGUAACGCAAAUAUGCAGAUACGGAUUGUCAAUAACUGGGACCUUCAGUUUUGUGUUCAUGUCAUGCAAUAUCCCAUGAAUGGGAUUCGAGAUGCUGUGUUUUUUUUAACACAAUAUUCAUUUAAAACAGUUCUUUAAGCCUACGAAAGGUAGGCUGCAGUUAAGGGCGAACAGUCAGUUGUUGAAAGUGAGCAGUGUUGAUAAUACCUCAAACUAGUAGUAUUUUUUGAGGCAAGCACGUUUUUUUUUGUUGCGUCAAAUCGAGGUAGUUUUGGUUAAGCAUGCUGGGCUUGGGAAAUGGAUGUUUUACAGCUAGGAGACCAGAGUUCGAGUCCCCCCUCGGGCAUCUCUUGUGUGGAGUUUGCAUGUUCUCCCUGUGCAUGUGUGGGUUUUCUCCGGGUACUCCGGCUUCCUCCCACAUUCCAAAAACAUGCUAGGUUAAUUGGCGACUCCAAACUGUCCUUAGGUAUGGCGACCCUCGUGAGGAUAAACGGUAGAAAAUGAAUGAAUGAAUGUUUUAUACAAAGGAGGCAAGUUUAAGGGACUAGACUUGUAAAGUUGCACUUUUUUGCCUUGAUAGUGUGACAGUAACUACCUCUGGUAAAUGGCAGUGAUUGUUCAAUGUACAGAGGCUUCACAGUACAAUGCAGAAUGUGCAUUAUCCUAUGUUAUUGAAUUUUAUAAAUUAUGGUCAGGAAUGAUAUUGACGCAUAUCAAGUCAUAUUGACUUAACUGGAAAGUGAUCUUUUUUGUGCUACACAAGAUCUUCAUUUUCUACUUUACAUCCUCAGCCAACAUGCAUGGUUUGGUGCAUUGUGCUCAUUCUGAAGAAUAUUUCUACUUUUGAUAGCCUGUACAGUCACAACUUGUAUACCUACGAGCAGUGCAUUUUUGAAGCUAUAACAUCUAUCUAGCAUGCAGUGGCCCAUGUGCCUUGCUGUCAUGUUUACCUA